AACGUUUCUCAACAAUCCCACGUGCACGCGCGAUCGCAGAAAAACACAAAGCCCAGCAGCAAAGUCCUCACAGCAGCACACGCGCAGGCCAUUUCCCAGCCACGACACACACUCCAAGCCAAUCAAGCCAAGCCACGUGCACGCGACUCAACUUUGAUCCAUCCUUCACCGCUUGAUCCCGCAUCACUCCACUACACACCCUCCGAGCACACACUACCACACAAAUGACGAUGGUUGCACACAGCCUCGAGGAAGACGAGCAGCCGCAGGAGGCGAUCGUCGAGUCCCCAGUCAAGGACUCUUCCUCUCCCAAGAAGAAGAAGAAGUCCAAGAAGGAGAAGAAGGACAAGAAGAAGAAGAGCAAGAAGUCUAAGAGCUCCAAGCGCAGGCAUUCCACCGACGAGGGCGAGUCUGCCGUCAGCGAUCAGGAAUCAGAACACUCUGCAAUCAACGGUGCAGCCCACGACGACUCCGAUGCAGAGAACCACCCCACCAAGAAGGCCAAGAGCACAGUCAAGGACGACGAUUCUGAUGACCAAGACGAAGAGAUGUCUCAGGUUCAGAAGGAGGGUGCCCUGGACAACUUUGACAUCUCCGACAAGUCCCGCAACAACCUUGAGAAGCACGGCUACAAGUACCUCUUCCCCAUCCAAGCCAAGACGUUUGACCUGAUUAUGGCCGGCAACGACAUCUUCGGCAAGGCCCGCACUGGCGAAGGCAAGACGCUGUCCUUUGCGCUGCCCGUCAUUGAGAAGCUGCUUGCUUCGCCCGACACCACCCGCGGCCGCCGCCCACGCGUCCUCGUCAUGGCCCCGACCCGUGAGCUCGCCUCGCAGGUGUGGCGCGAGUUCCAGAAGGUUGGCCCUUCCCUCGCCAGCACAUGCAUCUACGGUGGCACAGACUACGAGCCCCAGCGCCGCGCAUUCCGCAACGGACUUGACGUGGUUGUUGGCACACCGGGCCGCCUCAUGGACCACAUGGAGUCUGGCGCCCUCCAGCUCACCAACCUCCAGUAUCUUGUGCUGGACGAGGCUGAUCGCAUGCUUGAAGUCGGGUUUGUGGACACGGUCGAGAAGAUGCUGAGCAUGGCUGUGGAGCAGGCUGGUCAGAAGCCGCAGAUGAUUCUCUUCAGCGCUACCAUGCCCCCUUUUAUCAAGUCCACCCUCACCAAGUACAUGCCCGAGCACAAGGUCGUCGACACGGUCGGCAAGGAGAUGAACCGUACAAGCACCGGCGUGCAGCAUCUUGCGCUGCGGUGCCCCUGGCAGGCGCGCAACACGGUGAUUGCCGACGUUGUGCAGGUGUACUCUGGCGCGCACGGCCGCACGAUGAUCUUCACGCAGACGAAGCGCGACGCCAAUGAGCUCGCCCUCAACGACACACUCAAGCAGGAAGUCCAGGUCCUCCACGGCGACAUUGCACAGAAGCAGCGCGAGCUGUCACUCCAGUGCUUCCGCGACGGCAAAGUCCGCUGCCUUGUCGCCACAGACGUCGCUGCAAGAGGCAUUGACAUCCCCGAGGUUGACCUUGUGGUGCAGUGCGAACCGCCCAAGGACGUUGAGUCGUACAUCCACCGCUCUGGCCGCACAGGCCGCGCCGGCCGCAAGGGCACGUGCAUCUGCUUCUACAAGCCAAACCAGGAGCAGCAGCUGCGGGAGGUGGAGCGCCGUGCAGGCAUCAGCUUCACGCGCAUUGGUGCGCCGCAGCCGGCGGACAUUAUCAAAGCCAGUGCACGCGAUGCCACGCGCUUCCUCGACAGCGUCACAAACGACGUGCUCGUCUACUUCCAGGAGGCCGCACAGGCGUUUAUUGAGGAGAAGGGCAACGCUGUUGACGCGCUGGCAGCCGCGCUCGCACACAUCAGCGGAUCGACGACCAUCAAGGGCCGCAGUCUUCUCUCCUCCCUCGAGGGAUUCACCGCCUUCCACCUCACCACAGACACGGAGAUUCGCGGAAAGGCAUUUGUGUUCAGCGUGCUGGGCCACCACCUGCCGCGGGAGGUGCGCGAGGCCGUUCGCGGUAUUCGUCUCCAGAAGGACCGCAUGGGCGCUGUCUUUGACCUGCCAUCGAGCAUGAUGAAGACGAUCAAGGACAACUGGAGCGAUACCCCCAACCUGCGGCUGACAGUCGCCGAGAAGUUGCCUGAGCUGCAGGAGGAGCAGGGCUUUGGUCGCGGUGGGUUCCGCAACAACGGCUCAUAUCGUGGCGGCGGCUACAACGGCAACAGGAACGGCGGGUUCCGCAGCGGCGGCCGUGGCGGCGGACGUGGCGGUGGACGUGGCGGUUUCCGUCGUGGCGGUGGACGCGGUGGUGGUCGUGGUGGCGGUCGUGGUGGCGGCUUCCGUCGCAACAACUACUAAGUGAAUGUGGACGCGUGCGUGCUGCUGUGGCGGCUACUGCCAUCUGGACCACGCGAGCUGAGCUGAUUUUGCUGGCCACUUUUGCUUGUUCCGGGUCGACUCCAAGCACGUCGCACCAUUAUAUUUCAAGCAUGCACACUUUUAAGUGCUCCUUUCGUACGUUGUGCGGUUUUGCAUUUGUGCGUUUGUGUUUUCGACCUCCUCCCGUCUUUGCUGUUUCGAGGUUUGUUUCCCUUACCGCGUUUGGUGGUCUUGCUGAGGACCUUCUUGUGUUUGCCGUCUCGUGUGCUGGGUUGUGCAGCCGUUUUGCUGUUGUUGACGGUGCUGCUGAUUGUGUUGCAUAGAGGCUAGCUUGUGUGUUGUUCUCGCCCUUCAACAUGUCUCCCUAUGUCGCCUCGUGUCAACACACGUGAAUGGUGGCUUCUCUCUGCCUUUGAUGACCGCUGCUGCAUAUGCUUCCCUGAUGCCUUUUUGCUUUGUUCUUUCCCAAUUUGAUUGCCUGUUUGUUGCCGCUGUUGUAUUCACUUUUUGCUCCCUGCUGCCUCCACCGUUUCGCUCCCAUUGCGUGCCCCCAAUUGCCUCAAUCCCCUCCCCCUCCUCUUCUUCCUUCUCUAUUCCCUGUUUUCUCUCACGAUUAAAUGCGCAUCACAACAGCCCCGCUGCCGAGAGUGUGCGGUUUUGCGUGUUGUGUUGCGUUGUUGGUGUACGCUCGUGUGGUGUCAUUAUCAUCGCCCUGUGUUGAGUAGUGUGGCUUCUAUGGCUUGAUUUCACGUCGCCAACCAAGGGUUCAUUGAACACCCAACUGCCGUUUCGUGUCGCAACGACGUCCGUGCAAAGCGGGGAGUAUAGACAAACAAAACCCCCA